UUAUGAAAUGAUCAAAUAGAGCCGAGUUAAAGCCAGCUACCUCCGACUCCGAGGACCCUAAUCAGAAAUGGGUACAGUAAUACCGCCAUGGAAACAGCUUCUUCUCAAUGCACUGCAGUCUAAUUCCCACCUCAGACACUCUUCUUAUUUUCAACUGGCAACAAUAGGAUCUAACGGCAGACCCGCUAAUCGCACUGUUGUUUACAGGGGAUUUCAAGAUACAAACAAUAAAAUUCAAAUGAACACCGACUGCAGAAGUCGCAAGAUUGAAGAUCUUAAACAAUGCCCAUUUGCUGAAAUUUGUUGGUAUUUCACGGAUUCAUGGGAACAAUUUCGAAUAAAUGGUGCGGUUGAUGUAAUUGAUGGGUCAAACCCUGAUCCCAUGAAACUUCAGCAAAGAGAGAAAGCUUGGUUUGCUAGUUCACCAAAGUCCAGGCUCCAGUACUUGGGACCGAAUCCAGGGCUUCCCUCUCUAGGAGAUCAACCAACCGAAGUGCCAAGCUCAUUGGAUCCUUCUGCUGGUCCUGUUGCAGCUUAUUGCUUACUAGUUCUAGACCCUGAUCAGGUUGAUUACUUGAAUUUGAAGAGUAAUGAGAGGAUGACCUUCUCCAGGAUGAAUGCCAACGAAGAGAAUUCUUGGACUUCUGACAGAGUCAACCCCUGAUCUUUUCCAUGUUAGCUAAUCUGUUGUAUGCUGUAAAAAGCUUCGAUUAAAUAAUUUUUCAUUGGUGUUGGGAAAACCUUUAUCAAUUGUCACUACGGUGUAGAAUAUGUUCAAUUUUUAUGAUCUAAACGGAAUAAAAAGGCUUCUCGUGUAUGAUGUCAUGUGA